AUUGAUAUGUACUACACAAUUAACAAUCACGUAAAUAAUUGAUGUUAAAUGGUCUUCUUUUCAGUAUCAAUGUGAUCGGCACAUCACAUUGAACAGCUGGCUCUUAAUGAUUGGUUACUUACGAGCGAUUGUUAACGUUUACUCUGAAUGGUAUGGACAAUUGUGUCUCCACUAGACACUGCACUGCUUCCCUUGGACACUGAUCGCGUGACAGCUUGUGUCAGCCGCUGGACAGUACAUGGUGUGGAUGAUUGCAUGUCUUCCACCGGACAUUGGUGUCGUGUUAUGAUAAAUAUUUUUUAACCUUUUACUUCAUUCUUUUUCAAGUAACAGCGGACUCACACCAUGCUUGGAUUGUGUGGCAGGAUGGGGAGCUAUAAGCGGGUUGGUAUACUGGUGGGUCUGCUGUUUAUACUAAUGGUAAUCGUCAUACAGUUACAGUAUUUUUCAAUUUCUGGAUCUCGACGAGUAAAACAUUGGGAACAUUUUCUUUGGAAAGCAGAUAACAUAAACAACGAAGGCCAUGUUAAAGAAAAACGACACAUCGCCUUCUUGAAAGUACAUAAGGCAGCAAGUUCAACAGCUCAAAACAUCUUCCUUCGGUUUGCCAGGCACAGGGAUUUACUAGUGGUUAUGCCACAUGUCCCUAAAUUUUUCUAUCCAAACAUCAUUAGUACUGGAACAUCAGUGACUUCAACGAAUAUUCUUCCGCCUCCGUCAAACAGAUCCUAUGAAAUUCUCUGCUGUCAUGUUUUAUACGACAGAGUAGCAUUUGAGAAAGUAAUGCCGAAGGACACUGUCUAUAUCGGGAUAAUACGAGAACCCUUCGAACAUUUUAUAUCGGUUCUGAAUUAUUUCCGGCCCGGAGAGGUUUUAAAAAUUAAUGAUACCCUACCGGUAUCGAAAUAUUUACAAAAACCGACACGUUACACAAAACUGACCUCUAAAAGUUACGUGAACAGCAGAAUGGCAAGAGAGUUCGGCUUCCCGUCGGAUCUUUUUGAAACUCGAAAUGAAACUGGUAUACAAGGUUAUUUAGAGAAAUUAGAAUCUGAGUUUGAAUUAGUUAUCAUAGUGGAACUUUUUGACGAAUCUUUACUAUUAAUGCGUCGACUUCUCAAUUGGAGAAUGUCUGAUAUAUUAUAUGUAAAGAAAAAUGUAAAAAGCAAAUUAUACGAGAAAAUUAAGUUCACUGUCGGCGAUGUUGACCUGUACAAAAAAUGGUCAGUGCUUGAUUACGCUCUGUACGAUCAUUUUUAUCGACGGCUUCAAAACCAGAUUCGUAUGCAAGGUACUGAUUUCUUUGAGGAACUACUUUAUUUUAAGCGCCUGCGGCGUGAUAUGGAGUUGUACUGUAACCCGAUGCCGGGGGUAAAAAUGUCAGCUGAGUAUCAUUUCGUCGCCUCAAGAUGGAAUUCCGCUUUCACCAUCACUGAAGAAGAUUGUCAUUACAUGCAUAUCGGGGAAACAGCUUUCAUAACAGAGAUACGUCUACAACAAUACGGGUUUUUCAACGACAGACCGGAAAAAGUGACACAAAAACAAACCGAGAAGACCAAAUAAUGUGAAGCAAUGCAUGAAUAUUGAGUGUUAAACCAUAGCGGGUUACCUUUUCACAAACUGUUACCUUUACAAAGAGUAUUUACAAUGUAAUGUUAGUUUAUGUUGAGUAUUAUUAAGGAAACGGGAGUGAGUGUUAACGUCUGUGCAGUGGACACGAAAAACAAUUGUCCCAUGUUGAACAAGAGCAAUUGUCCAAUAGUGAACGAGAACAAGUGUCCCAUGGUGAAUG